CCCCCGCUGCCCACCUCUGCCUGCGCGACUAAGUGCUAGAGCAUACACCGAGUAGCCCUUGCGGGGCGGGAUAUUGUAGUCGCCGUCUAGUCUAGGUCGUGAGGCGCGUGGCGGUGAGGGGUCGAGGGGAGAGUGGAUGAGUGCCAAAUGGGCUCAGUCGAGUCCGUGCCGGUCACUAGCGGCCAGGCCCUGUUUGUAAUCAUAUCUUCCUUCACUGCACAUCACCAGGCACUGCUGGCUAUUGGAAGUAGAAAAGCCCAACGGAAAAUGCGGACUCGGGGAGUCGCCGCGCUGGUUGCAGCGGCACUUUGCUGCUUGGUUAGUGUGCAUGCCCAAAGCAGCCGUCUCGUGGAGAAGGAGCUAAACUUUGCUGUUCACCGCGAGCAUUUGGAGGGCGAUGUUCCACUCAUCGACCCGCCCAAGCGGAUUGCGGGCUACUUCAAGCUCAACAGGACGCACGAUGCCCGCAUGUUCUACUUCUACUUCCAGUCGCGUCACAAUCCCGCCACUGACCCCGUGGUGCUGUGGAUGACGGGUGGACCGGGCUGCAGCAGCGAGAUUGCUAUCUUCUUCGAGAAUGGCCCCUACUCCAUCAAUGAGGACAGGCGCACGCUGAACGAGACCACCUACGGCUGGGACACCUUCCACAACAUGAUCUUUGUGGACCAGCCCAUCGGCACGGGCUUCUCUUACAGCAACGACGGCCGCGACCGUGUGUUUGAUGAGGGGCGGGUGGGUCGGGACAUGCUGGACUUCCUGUACGAGUUCUACCGGGCUCACCCCGAGGUGGCGGAGAACCCCUUCUACGUCACCGGCGAGUCGUACGCGGGCCACUACGUGCCCGCCGUGUCCUCCGCCAUUUACCGCGCCAACGAGCUGGGCACCGGCCCCAUGACCAUCCCCCUGGCGGGCCUGGCCAUCGGCAACGGCAUGACCAACCCCACGCUGCAGUUUCCCGCCUACGCUGACUUUGCUCUGGAGAACAAGCUCAUCAGCCAGGGGCUGCACGACAGCAUCCAGUGGUGGAUGCCGCUGUGCCAGUGGGGCGCUGAGUUCUGUGACACGCACCAGUGGCGCUUCGCGUGCAUCAUUGCCCUGGAGGUCUGCCAGAUGACCAGCUUCGAGCGCAUCCUGGGCGCCAAUCCCGACAUCAAUGUGUACGAUAUCACCAAGAAGUGCGACGGCCCGCUGUGCUACGACAUGAGCGCCGCUGACGACUUCCUCAACCGGCCCGAGGUCCGCAAGCAGCUGGGUGUGGGCAACCGCGAGUGGUCCGAGUGCGACAUGGGUGUCAACGGCGAUUUCAUGGGCGACUGGCUGCGCUCCUAUGACGACCUGCUGCCGGCCAUGAUGGAGGACGGCAUCCACGUCAUGAUCUACGCCGGCGACCUGGACCUCAUCUGCAACUGGGUCGGCAACCAGCGUUGGGUGGACGCGCUGCAGUGGGAGCGCUCUGGGGAGUGGCCGGCCGUGGCGCCUGUGGAGUGGGAGGUGACGGGCGCGAAGGCCGGCACUGUGCGCGAGCUGGGUACCCUGUCCUUCGUGCGCGUGUACCAGGCGGGCCACAUGGUGCCCAUGGAUCAGCCCCAGCACGCGCUGGCCAUGCUCUGGCGCUUCACACGCAACCAGUCCCUCACCGCGCCGCCCGAGCAGCUCGACCCGCGCCUGAAGCAGCGCCUGGCUGCGCCGCGCCCGCAGCUGCAGACGCAGGUGCCGCACACGCACAAGGGGCAGGGAGCGCAGCAGCUGCAGUCCGCGGCGCAGCUGUCGUUUGUGAAGAAGGUGGUGGAGGCGGAGGGCCGCGCCGGCCGCAAGCGGCAGGACACCUACCGCAGCGACAAGCCCCUGGACGUGGAGCAGCAGCCUGAGGAGGAGCUUCGGCAGGAGGUAGCGGCGGUGAAUGUGGUGGACGGGCAGGAAAUGGGCGCGCAGAGCGUGCUGGGCCGCCACGGUGGCCCGCAGGAGGGCGCUGCGAUGGAGUGAUUUCUGUCUUUAUCGGGUGUAUAUAUCAAGAAUGCCCACGUGGAUUCGGGUGUGUGCGUGUGUUAUGCGUGCGAUGGACGCACUUCGGUCUGUUGUUGUACACUCGAUGUACGCAUAGUUAAUACGGCGCAACGAUUGUACCAUUAGGCGGCCUGCCUAUGACCACGCCGCUUGUUCGGCGCCUUCCACGUUGUUGUUGUUUGCGCAACUGAUGAUGACAGCGGAUUUUAUGCAUUGCUGCGACUGCACCCAGCAGUAUAUCAUAUAUCACCUGUGUACAGCCCGGUUCGUGCUCUAUCCCAACUGGUUCCGUCCUGCCCCUUCCAGCCUUAUUCCUGCCUGCUGCUACCCAAAGGGUCGCAUAAACUGAUGUUGAGAGUGAAAGACGCGCAUAGCAUGACCAAACGGGUUAUCAUUGCCGGAUGGACCUCUGCAACCUACGGAUA